UCCGCACCCGCGGCCCCUCGCCCGCCGGCCCCGGGCUCGCCGGCUGCGGCAGCGGCCUCAAGAUGGACGAAGACGGCGGCGGCGGCGAGGGCGGCGGCGUGCCUGAAGACCUCUCACUAGAAGAAAGAGAAGAACUUUUAGACAUCCGUCGAAGAAAAAAGGAACUUAUUGAUGACAUCGAGAGGCUGAAGUAUGAAAUCGCAGAAGUGAUGACGGAGAUCGACAACCUCACGUCGGUGGAGGAGAGCAAAACGACUCAGAGGAACAAGCAGAUCGCCAUGGGAAGGAAGAAGUUCAACAUGGAUCCCAAAAAGGGAAUCCAGUUUCUAAUAGAGAACGACCUGCUGCAGAGCUCCCCGGAGGAUGUGGCCCAGUUCCUGUAUAAAGGGGAAGGCCUGAAUAAGACCGUCAUCGGGGACUACCUGGGUGAGAGGGAUGAAUUUAACAUUAAAGUUCUUCAGGCUUUUGUGGAACUCCACGAGUUUGCUGAUCUCAACCUCGUACAAGCCUUAAGGCAGUUCCUCUGGAGCUUCAGGCUGCCGGGCGAGGCGCAGAAGAUCGACCGCAUGAUGGAGGCCUUCGCUGCUCGCUACUGCCUGUGCAACCCCGGCGUCUUCCAGUCCACGGACACAUGCUACGUGCUGUCCUUCGCCAUCAUCAUGCUCAACACCAGCCUCCACAAUCACAACGUGCGCGACAAGCCCACCGCCGAGCGCUUUGUCACCAUGAACCGUGGCAUCAACGAGGGCGGGGACCUCCCCGAGGAGCUGCUGCGGAACCUGUACGAGAGCAUCAAGAACGAGCCGUUCAAGAUCCCCGAGGACGACGGCAACGACCUGACGCACACGUUCUUCAACCCCGACCGCGAGGGCUGGCUCCUGAAGCUGGGGGGGCGCGUGAAGACCUGGAAGCGGCGCUGGUUCAUCCUCACCGACAACUGCCUCUAUUACUUUGAAUACACGACGGAUAAGGAGCCCCGGGGAAUCAUCCCGCUGGAGAACCUGAGCAUCAGGGAGGUGGAGGACCCGCGGAAACCCAACUGUUUCGAGCUGUACAACCCCAGCCACAAAGGGCAGGUCAUCAAAGCCUGUAAGACAGAGGCGGACGGCCGGGUAGUGGAGGGCAACCACGUGGUGUACCGCAUCUCGGCGCCCAGCCCGGAGGAGAAGGAGGAGUGGAUGAAGUCCAUCAGAGCGAGUAUCAGCAGGGAUCCUUUCUAUGACAUGUUGGCCACGAGGAAAAGGAGGAUUGCCAAUAAGAAAUAGUGCUUUCCUGGUCUGAGCAGCAGGUAAAAGUAAACUGAAACCCCACAGCAGAGUGACUGGGGGGCUCCCCGCGACACCCUGGACCACCCCAACGGCCUGCCCUGUCUCUUCCGGGACCGCAGCCCCUGCUGAUCUCAAGAGGCCUUGUCGCCCCUUUCCGCCGCCACCCUCCCGGCUCCGAGGACAUUCUUCUCGAAGGCCCGGCCAGCAGCUGCGCCUGGUGGUCCAGCCUUGAGUAUCCGCGGGGCAGACAAGAGGCCACAUGUGCUCCUUGGUGGCAGUGGCGGUGUUGGCCGUUCUGGAAGCCGCUGUUUUGUAUCAUAACAGGAAAGGAAAAGCUA